AUGAAACUCAUUGAGUACUUUCUGCCAAAGGAGCUAAACCUCCUGGCCCUUUUGGAAUACACAAUUGCUGUUCCAGUCAUUGCAUUGCUGGCUUAUCUCGUACAUAACGAAUUUACUCGCCAUUCCAGCUGUAUCAAGCACCUGCCUGGCCCUCGAGGCUGGCCUGUGGUAGGGAAUCUUUUUCAGCAUCGUGAUGAGAUCCCCGCCGAGACGUACCGGAGAUGGGCCCAGGAGUAUGGCCCAGUCUUUCAGAUCCAGCUGGGCAACACAACAGGCGUUGUCGUGAACUCAGUGGACGCCGCGAAGAAACUCUUUAUCGGGCAAAGAAACGCCAUGAAUUCUCGACCGACUUUUCAUGUGUUCCAUGGAAAGGUCAGCAAAGCCGUCACUAGCAUUGGAACCAGUCCAUGGGAUGAGUCCUGCAAGCGGCGAAGAAAGCUAGCGGCAGCCGGCUUGAAUCGUCCUCGUGUGGAAAGCUAUGCACCUAUUCUCAACCUAGAGUCUCGAGAGUUUCUCAGGGGCUUGUACAAUGAGUCUAAGGACGGAUCUGUCGAGAUCGACUUUCGCCAAGCUGUCACGCGAUUCUCGCUGAACUUAAGUUUAACGUUGAACUACGGAACUCGAGUCUCGAAUGUCAAGUCUCUGCAUGAUGACCCCUUGCUUGCAGAGAUCCUCUACGUCGAAUCCGAAAUCUCAAAGUUUCGGGACACUUCCAAGAACUAUGCCAACUACAUCCCACUGCUAAGGUACUGGGAGCCCAUUGCGUCGUUCCUGAGCCUGACCAGCACGCCAAAAUCUCACGCAGCCGACAUUGGGCGAAGACGACUUGAGUACAAUGACGUCUUACUCAACAAGCUGAAGGAUGAAGUUGAACGGGGUGAGGAUAAACCUUGUAUCCAAGGUGCCGUACUCAGGGAACCAGAGUCUGCAACAUUGACUCGUGAAGAGUUGAUCAGUGUGAGCCUGAGUAUGAUGGCAGUGGGUUCACCCUUCCGAAAACCCUUGAUAUUGGCUAAUAACUCGAAGGGCGCUGAUUCAAAUCAGCCUACCAUAGCAUGGGCAAUCCUCUUACUCGCUCAUCGUCCAGAUAUCCAGGAAAAGGCAUACCAGGCGAUUAAAGAAGCGGACGUCUUGAAUCUACCUUCAAACGCAUAUGCAUCUUCGAAGGUGGAAUACAUCGAUGCUUUGACAAAGGAAAUUGCUCGAUAUUUCGUCGUCCUGAAGCUGGCUUUACCCAAGGCGACUUAUACCGAUGCGACCUGGGGGUCAGCCACGAUUCCACCGAACACGCUUGUAUUCUUAAACAGUUGGGCUUGUAACAGAGACCCUGAACUUUUCACCGAGCCAGAAGUCUUUGCACCAGACCGCUGGCUUCCGGGCUCUUCAGACUACGCGGCUCACCAAUUCGCAUUCGGCAUCGGUGGGAGAAUGUGUGUAGCGUCACUUCUCGCCCAUCGUGCUCUAUAUACAGUCUUUUUGCACCUUGUCGCCCGAUUCCAGAUAUUUCCGGCCAAUGGGACGACUGAUGAGGAGAUUGAUCCGCUCAAAGGCUUGAAGGGUCGUUCUUUUGUAGCAACGCCGAGAGGUUUCCGGGCGAGAUUUGUGCCUCGAGAAGGGCAGGAGUUGGAAACCUGGCUACGAAAGCCAGACGGGGAUGCAUAG